AUGGCGGGUGCCUCCGACCCUCUGGAAGAUAUGCUGUUCUCCGAGGUAGACGAAAAAGCAGUAAGCGACCUAGUGGGCUCUUUGGAGUCGCAGCUUGUUGGCCAAAGCAAUCAAGCAGCUACCCAUUCGGAAAACAGAGGUGGUGCGUCCACAGGCACUGCAAAUCAUCACUUGGGAAGAACGCUACCUGCCCAGAUGGGCAGUACAUCAGAACAGCAACAACAACAAGGACAACAUAAAGCUGGGAUGAAUCAGGACACAAAUUCUAAAGAAAUUAGCUCAGAAAAAAAUGUAAAAUCUUCCCCUCUAUGCUCAGCUUCGCCUUUAGAGGAAACCUCCACUACAGGGACUAGUGUGAAAGCUAGUACAAGCGGUUUGCAAUCACAUGGAUCAUCUAACAUCACUACACUGUCUGCAUCAGAUGUGGUAACUUUGCCAUCUCCGUUGGUCAGCAUCAACCCUAGCAACAAAGGUUCUACCUCGGGGUCGAGUGAGCCAUCGAGGGAUACAGACGAUCGCAAAAAACAAACCACUUCAGUAAAAAGGAGUGCAUCCACUGGAACGCAGAGUUUGAACGGUAACGGGGGAUCUGAUACGUCAACGAACUCUCCAACAAAUGCCUCUGCUCCUGCUGGAUCUGCGUCGACCAUAGCUCACAGUGUAAGUGCCGUGAGUUCAAGUCUGACUGUAACAUGUGCAAAUACGAUGACUUAUACCGUAUCUCAUCAAAAUAUGACUACAUCCGCGAUUGCUUUGGAUAGGGGGACUCCUACAAUCGCGUUGCACCGACUCCCAAGUCACAUAGUAGCCAGCAUCGCGCAGAAUGGGAACGGCACUACAGUGUCGGCGUUGGUCCAGCAAGGCGCGCGAAUAGGACCGCUCAGUACCACAACAGUAACUCCACAAGUGAAUCACAACAAGAACUCCGAUUCCGCUCAGUCAAAAUCAGACACUCCUGUCCAUUCAAAAAUUGUGAUUCAGGGCCAAUCAGGCGCUGUGAAUUCUGUAAUAAGUGUAUGCUCAUCUUCGGUUGUUAGCUCUCCAGCUGCUCAACAGCACAGUACUGUUACGAGUUCUGUCCCUGCAGCCAGUAGUCCCGCAACUCUGACUGGCGUCUCGAAACCCGUUGUCAGUGUAGUGGGGCAACCGACAACCACGGCAUCUGUUGGAAUGAUAAGACCUGCGUCCGUUUCAACGUCUCCGCUUGCCACAACUACUCAGCCUCAACCUCGACCUGGGCUCGCUACUCCACAGAGGAUCGUAACACCUCAGCUGAUUGUCAGACCUCCGCAACAGCAGACAACCAUUCAGUUACCACCAGGUUUCACCAUUCCCCAGGGUAUGGUGCUGGUGCGGACAGAGAUGGGUCAGCUGGUAAUGGUUCCUCAGCAGGCUCUGGCCCAGGCCCAGGCCCAAGCCCAAGCCCAAGCGCAGGCCCAGAGCAACAUCUCACCACGCCCGGCCACACCCACCACCGGAACCACCUUCAGAGUGGCCACUCCACAGCAAUCUCCUGUGACUACUCAGGCUAUCCGGCCAGGUCCUCCAGUCCAGGCCAAGAUGGUGCAGUCCCCCACCCCUAGCCCAGUCCUUCAGACCUCAGCCUCUGCAACACCUCCAGUGAGCACCUCCCGGCCCACACACACGCUUUGAGCCAAGGCGCCCGUGGCAGCGGCGGUGGCGGUGACGGCACCCCAGCAGGUCCCCGCAGUCAUGGCCUCCCAGGCUCAGGCUCAACCCGCCUCCCAGCAGCCCCUGGGCCCCCAGAGCACCACGGCCCCCGUCCCUGGAGCUUCUGUCGUCUCACAGGAGAUGCAAGAGAAUGUGAAGAAGUGCAAGAACUUCCUGGCCACGUUGAUUAAGCUGGCCUCCCACAACUCGCCCUCUCCCGAGACGUCCCGCAACGUGAAGGCCCUGGUGCAGGACCUUUUGGAUGCCAAGAUUGAGCCUGAAGAAUUCACCAACCGACUGCAGACAGAGCUGAAAUCCUCUCCACAACCUUACCUGGUUCCUUUCCUCAAGAAAAGCCUUCCCGCUUUGCGGCUGUCUCUGCUCAACAGCCAGCAGUCACUCACACAGCCCCUGCAGCAGGCCAAGACGGUCGGCCCCCCGGCCCCGCCCGUCCAACCGGGUCUCGCCGUCCGGGCGAGGCAACCCAACAGCACCACCGCAACCAGCCUGCUGCCAGCAGGCACCCACACUACUGCCCUGGGAAUUAAGCGGGCCGGGGGUCUGGGAAGUCCGAUCCGAAUGCCGAUGGUGGUCACGCAGACAGUCCGAGCGCCAGGCACAGUCGGGAAGGGACCAACCAUCCAAGCAGGCAAAAGUCCAGUGGGCUUUGCCGUGCAGGUCUCUGGAAAUCAGAAAAACAAGCUCAACGACCCUGGAGGCGGUUCUUUCAGGGACGAUGAUGACAUCAACGAUGUGGCGUCCAUGGCCGGGGUGAACUUAAAUGAAGAGAGCGCCCGCAUCUUAGCAACCAACUCGGAGCUGGUUGGCACUCAGAUUCGCUCCUGUAAGGACGAGACUUUCCUGCCUACUGGCCUGCUCCACAGACGUAUCCUAGAGACAGCGAAGAAGUUUGGCGUGACCGAGGUUCCGGUCGAGGCCGUUCACUUCAUCUCUCACGCCACGCAGUCCCGACUGCGCACCGUACUGGAAAAGGUGUCUACCAUCGCACAGCACCGCAUCGACUCCUGCAAAGAUGAGGACUGGUACGAGCAGUCCACAGACGUACGAUCCCAGCUGAAGUUUUUCGAGCAGCUGGAGAGAAUUGAGAAACAGCGGAAGGAUGAACAGGAGAGAGAGAUCCUGUUGAAAGCCGCCAAAAGCCGCUCCAGGCAGGAAGACCCCGAGCAGGCACGGCUAAAGCAGAAAGCUAAGGAGAUGCAGCAACAGGAGCUAGCCCAGAUGAGGCAACGCGACGCUAACCUGACUGCGCUAGCAGCUAUCGGGCCAAGAAAGAAACGCAAAGUGGACUCUCCUGGAGCCACGGCGACAGGGACAGAGGUUUCGGGGAGCUCCGCGGGGUCGCCGGCCACCUCCUCCUCCUCCUCCGCGCCCUCCGCGGCCUCCGCAUCCUCGCGUCAGUACACCCGACAGCGGAUCACCCGCGUCAACCUCAGGGACUUCAUUUUUUACAUGGAGCAGGAGCGGGAGAUGGCCCGCUCGCUCCUUCUGUACCGUGCCCUGCUCAAGUAG